AUUGAUUGUUUAUAUUUUUGUUCGUUUUUGACGUUGAUUUAGUGAAAAGCACGUGUUAUUUAUAAUGGGUAAAUGUAAGCCCAAGUUUGCAGCUUCAAAAAAAGCUAUUAGCUUAAGUGAUGGCAGAAUAAAUAAGAAAGAUCGUAUCAUCAAAGCAAAAAAAAAGAAAGAUGAGGAACCUAAAGUAAAAGUGGCGCCACAGUUUUCAUCUGCCUUAUUUUUCAAAUAUAACACUCAGUUGGGUCCUCCAUACCACAUCAUUGUGGACACUAAUUUUGUCAACUUUUCCAUUAAAAACAAAUUGGACGUCUUCACUUCCAUGAUGGACUGCCUGUAUGGAAAGUGCAUCCCUUAUGUCACUGACUGUGUCUUGGGUGAGCUUGAGAAACUAGGCAAAAAGUUCCGUCUUGCACUCAAGAUUGUGAAAGAUCCAAGGUUUGGGAGGCUAAACUGCAUGCACCGGGGGACUUAUGCGGACGACUGUAUUGUACAGCGAGUCACUCAGCACAAAUGCUACAUUGUUGCAACAUGUGACAAAGAUCUCAAGAGGAGAAUUAGAAAAAUUCCUGGUGUACCCAUCAUGUACAUAAAUAAACACAGGUAUUCCAUUGAGAGAAUGCCAGAUGCUUAUGGUGCUCCUGCUUUGUAAUUAUUAUAUUAAAUUAUUUUUAUUUUAUUACAUGAAUCCUU